AUGGAGGACACGCCGCCUACACUCGCUGGAGAUGAGUUGGAUGUCCGUGCAAUUCAGGUGUGGGCAGCAUCCCAAGAGCAGGUGGCUGAGGAGGUGAAGCGAAAUUUCGGUGCUCCAAUUUGGUGGAAGGACGAUGUCCAGAAAGCUGUUCAGAAUUCUCCUCGUGCAGAAGGGGAGACCCCGUCUGUUUCAGCGAUCGCUGUUGCCCGGCUUGCUUGUGUGAUGAGCACCCCAUCAACCACAUUGAUGAGUCGAUGGAGUGAAGAUCAGGAGAAGUUAGUGUCUGAUCCUGGAGUGAGCAAGGAGGUUUGUCGACUAAGCGAAGAUUUGCUGCACGCCAGAACGGAAAGAAGAGAAGCUUACCGGAGGCUUGAGGACUUGCAACACCGAAAGCAGGCCGCCCAGGCAGCCCUCGCAAAAGCCAUGGAGAUGGAGGAAGAGACGGAGGAGGAUGAGCUUGAAGAUUGUCAUUCCAUUGCUCCUUCAGAGAACCUUUCUGAGCACGGGGAGGAACAGGUGAAACAGCGUGGCUGGAGGGGAGCGAAGAGGAUGCUUGGCAAGGGCUUGAAGAAGAUCCGGGUAGGCCGCAAGACCAAGUCAGACAGCUUGACGCCUCCCAGCGCAACAUCGCCGGUCAGCUCUGUAGCCAGCGGUACAAGGACUUGCAGCCGUGCUUCCGCUUUGCGUUCCAAAGCGCACAUCGCAGAGCACGUCGUAAGGACAUUGUCCCCGCAGAAGCAGAGAGCUUGGAGCAUCACAACAGAGCUAAUUGUUGCUUUCAAUAGAUGCAGGGCGCUCUCUUGUUUGAGGCCACCCACGCCAAAGCAACUCAUGGUCCAGGACUGCACUAGAUGA